CCAGCUCCCACUCCACCCAAUUAACAACAACCAGAAGGACUUGCAACAACCACUACAAGACGAGGAACAUUAAAAAAAGGGGGAAAAAAGAAAAGAGAAAAACACAAGUAGAAGAGAAAGAGGAGACCCCCCAGGACAAAUAAUGUCGAUGAGCCCCAAGCAUACGACCCCCUUUUCCGUGUCCGACAUCCUGAGUCCACUGGAGGAGAGCUACAAGAAGGCGGCCGCCGCCGCCGCCGCCAUGGAAGCCGCCGGCGUUGGAGCGGCGGUGGCGGCCAACAACAGCGGCAACAACCUGGGGGGCUACCGGCAGCUGCAGGGGUCCCAGGCGGCCAUGCAGCAACAGCAGCAGCAACAACAGCAGCAGCAACAACAGCAGCAGCAACAGCAGCCCCACCAUCAUCAUCAUCACCAUCACCACCACCUGGGGCCCAACGCCGGUGGUGGCGGCGGCGCUGGCGGCACCGUGUCUUACCACAUGAGCGCCGCCGGGGUGCCGCAGUUGUCCCAUGCCGCCGCUGUCAGCGCGGUGGGCGGCUACUGCAACGGCAGCGUGGCCGGUGACCUGGCGCCCUACCAGGACGGAGUCAGGGCGGCCGCCGCCACCGGAUGGUACCCGGCCAACCCCGCCGCUGACCCACGCUUCUCUACGAUCUCCCGCUUCAUGCACGGCUCGUCGUCGGCCAUGAGCAUGGGCGCCAUGGGCGGGCUGAGCUCCCUGGCGGAGGCCCACGCCAAGGGCAUGCAUGGCUCGCUGAGCGCCGCGGUGCCGCGCCGGAAGCGCCGCGUGCUCUUCUCGCAGGCCCAAGUGUACGAACUGGAGCGCCGCUUCAAGCAGCAGAAGUACCUGUCGGCCCCCGAGCGCGAGCACCUGGCCAGCAUGAUCCACCUGACGCCCACCCAGGUCAAAAUCUGGUUCCAGAACCAUCGCUACAAGAUGAAGAGGCAAGCCAAGGACAAGGUGUCGCAGCAGCAGAUGCACCAGCAGGAGGGCGGCUCAGCGUCGGCUUGCCAGCAAUCACAGCAGCAGCAGCAAUCGCCCCGCAGGGUGGCGGUUCCGGUUCUGGUUAACGACGGCAAGCCGUGUCAAGGGAGCGGGCCGACGGCGGGGCAGCAGCAGCAACAGCACCACCACCAUCAACAUCAUCACAACCACGCCCACAACCAGCACCCGCACGGGCAUCCGCAACAGCAGCAGCAGCAAGCCGCCAACGUGAUCCUCAUGUCCGGCCAGCAGCAGGCGGGCAGCGCCGGCCACUCUCCGGAGUUGGUGGCCGCCGGUGCACCGCCGCUGUCUGCCAGCCCGCCGGCGCUGCACGGCGGCCAAGUGGGCGGACUGUCGCACCUCAAUUCGCCCGCCGCUGAGUACGGAAGCGCGUUGCAGUGCUCGGCGCUCUUGUACGGCAGGACGUGGUGACCAAAAAGGGGGCGCAAAUGCGACUUCCUCAAGUAAUCGCACAUUUUCAAAAACAAACUUUUUGAGGAAAGGAUUUUUUCCGGACUCGCUUUUUCUACCGCAACUUGUGGGAUUUAUUUAUGUAAAUUAUAUUAGCUCCAACAUAGAUUUACAUUAGCUGCCUUUUUUUUUCUCCCUUGUCGCGCCCCUUCCUUAUGUAAAAAGUUGGGAUUUUCAGCUCUAUUGUACAGUUUUUUUCUGUUGGGACAAUCUUGCUGUCAUUUGGUUUGGUAUUUGUACGUUUAUAUGUAAAUUAUCAUAGAUAUUUGACUUAACACGGAAAAAAUAGUCUUAUUAAUAAAUUAUGGAAAGGUGACCUUCCCCUACACCUCUCUCCCUCAUUUGUGGAAUGUGCUGCCAAAGUGGACCUUACAAUCUGUUUAAAAAAAAGAAAUAGUAAAUACAAAUAGUACUGCAAUAAAAAAAAAAACAUGAUGACGAAAUCAUAAAUGAAACUAAACUUAACAAAAUAGUAUCUUCAUUCGUGUUAGAAUUCAAAAUUCACUUGUAUUUAUUUGUAAUUCAUUUGAACUGGCCCUUAACAGUUGCCACACUUUAAUUUAUUAAAGUUGAAUGUUACAUUUUUGUAUUACUAAACAUGUAUUUUGUUUUGUAACCAGUAAAAACAAUAUUGUAAGGGACAUACGUAACAUAUCAAUGAUUUUAUAUUGUAUGUUGUUUCCGUCCUGUUUUUCAUAUAAUUAGGAUGACAACUCGAGCUUGAAAAACACGUUUCUAGUAUUACUACUAGAAUACAGUACAUCUUUAUUCGGAUAGCACAUUCACAACAACUGUCACAAACAUUAAUGAAAUAUUUUCUAACAAAAAAAUUCAAAAUAAUAGGCCAGCAUCUUAUCAGUACUGUAAUUCAUUUUUAAGUAUUUGUUAUUAAAACAGAAAACUC